GCAGCGCUAUGGUGAUGUUACCACCCGGAGGAGCCAGGAACGCGUCACCAUGGAAGCGCUCAGUUUGCGACAUGUAUUCGCCAUUUUGCUGCCUCGGUGAGUGCGUGUGUAGGCGCAUUUAAGUGUAAACACCUCUGAAGCUUUCAAACAUUUAACCUUCCAGGCACCAGCUAAAACAACCGAGGAAGAUAUCUGCACUUAAAGAGCUGUAGCUGCUGCAUAAGGACAUGGACGUUUGGACGACGCAACAUUAGAUAGUCUCCUAAAGCGCGAUCGAAGAGGACCAGAAGCUAUGCGGGGUCUGUUUUCUUGCUGUUUAUCAAACUUUGCUAGCUCGGGCUCUCAGUUCUAACCACUAAUACAUGUAGCGGUUAGCUUAGCUCAGUUAACGAACUCUAAGGCUCCAUGUAGCUUCCUAAUGCUUGUUAGGCUGCUUAACGGUCAUAUGUUGAUAGGGACUGAUAUAAACCUGUGAGAAGCAUUUAGUCAUGUAACUUAGACCAAGAUACUAUUGACGAAAAUGAAUUGUAAGUAUUGGCAUUGUAUUGGCAGGAAGGACUGUAACGUAAACGUUGUAAACGUUAAACGGCCCAUCCUGUGGAUAACUAACGUAGCCGUUUCUGACAGCCACAAGUGGUUGUCUUUAUUCGCUCUACCUUCCGUCCUAACCCAGUUCAUGUGAUAAUGGAGAUGUGAAGGAACAAUAAGCUCUUUAAAGUGUUUUGUGGCUGUGUUAUAACAUGUUUAUUUGUGUUAUUACUGCUGCUAUAAGCAUUUAAUUCUCCCCAAGCAAAUGAAAAUCUAUGUAGGCGUGGGCAUGCUGCUCGAUUGUGUAAAAAAUCAUCACCAUUAUUUUAGUUGAUGUUGAGAUCACGGCUAUUCAACAAAAUGCCUCACUGAUUUACUUGCAUUUAUUGAACUUAAAGACUUCCAUAACACUUGUAUAUACUAAACACACAUUGAAAGGUAUAUUUUAGGAUACAGAUCAUUGACCCUCACUGUUAAGCCUGGCCAUCAUUAGCGUGUUAAUGCUUGUUAUCACCACAGCCUGUAUCUCCUUGAUCAUUCUGUCCCUCUGCUUUACUAACACGCCGCUGCCCUCCUCCCCAGUAGUGCUACACAGUCCUAUUUUCUUCACAGUAUAACGGUAUUGUCAAGACAUAGCAGUCCCCACCUCACCUAUUUUGCAGCACACACAGCUUUUUCAGAGCUCUUGAUGAUGACCUUCUUCUUUAUCUAGAUGGUAUGAAGCCCUGAGAAGAGGGGAGGAGCAGAGGAACUGGUCCUUUUAGAGAAAUGAUUCGGAUUUGCCCUGUCUUAUAUCAUUUAGAGCUGUAUAACUGUUAUAUAGCCUCCUAGCACCUGAUUCUGCAUUAUUCCACCUGUACGAUGUCUGCUUGUGCUCCCCCUUUUUAUGUCCUAUUCGUUGAGUAAAGCGCACCCUCCCUCUCUUCUAUAAUAGCGGAGCGCUGGAAUUAACUUGUUUAUAAGUAGCUCAGAUCAAUGUGAAACAAAGUUUGGAAGCACAAGUAAGUUGCAGGGCGGCACUUGAUUAAUGGUGGAGGUUGUAUCUUCAACACGUGCAACAGCACUACAAACAAUCUGGUAGCCACAGGUGGAGAGAGGAGAGCAGAGAGGGGAGCAGGAGGAAGCAGGUCUGUGUAUCCCUGAGUGACAAAAUGAGCAUGAUGAGAGAGGCUGUCGUUAUAUUAACAGGCGUGUUUUUAGCAAACAAAUAGGUAGGCUAAACAUUUUUUUCCAACUUACUGUGUUUUUCAAAGAAUUAAGAGUUUUUCGGUUCAAAGAGGUUUUAAGGUAUGUAGAUGUACGUGAUGCAGAUGUCAAAUCAUGGCUAAGUGUUUCUGGUAAUCAUGAGAUCAAUAUCAGCAAAAAUAAUUGUGAUUAUUGUUAUACCAUUAUAGAGCUGCCCUACAAAAUCCUAUUUGAAAGAUGAAUUGCCCAGCCCUACAUGUGCGUCAACCCCUGUUAAUUUUCUGAUUUGUAUUCACAGCUUGACAAACAGAUGAGUGGUUUUCCAUCACCAACCACUCAGAAUGAAAGCACGAAAUAAAGAGGAGGAACAUUAUCAUCCUGCAUAUUUGGAUUCUCAAAUUUGACCACAUCCUCAAGAUCAUCAAAAAUGAUACCUGGAUUGAUCACCCAGGAGUUACACCAGAAGCUUCUGGACCUCAAGAACUACCAAAACCGCACAAAUGGAAUGGAAGAGCUCAAAUAUGUCCUGUCAGAUGUGGACAUGAAAUCAGUCCCUCCUGGCAGUAUCGAGGAGUUAAUUAAUUUUCUGCCGCGGCUUCUUGAUGAUAGUAAUUUCAUAGUAUUUUACAGCACCUUACAAGUUUUAAACCUAGUCAUUCAGAAGCUAGAUAGAGGUGUUGACAAAUAUUUCAAACAGAUAGUCUUAGUGGCUCUUAAAGGCCUAGGCGACACUCGCACUAUCCCAAGAAAAGAGUAUAUGAAUGUGUUUCGCCAGCUGAUGAAAUCUGUACCACCGCAGCAAAUACUGGAUCUCGUCAUUGGCAACUUGAAACAUAAGAACUCAAGAGUCCGGGAAGAUGUACUCCACAUCAUUAUUGCAGGCCUGCUCACUUCUCCAAGGAAAGAUUUCAACAUACCCAGGCUUUGCUAUGAGGUCGCACCAUACCUGGCAGACAGCAAAAGGAGGGUUCGCCAUGCUGCCCUGGAGCUGUUUGCUGUUUUUGACUUUUGCCUUGUAACAGGGAUAACACAGCCUCUAUUGAAAGCUGUGGUUGAACUGAAUGAGGAUGCAGAGGGUCUAACGGCAGCUGUACAGGCUAGACGAGCAAGACACAUCCUCCCAACACUUUCCCCAGAUUGGACAGUUCAGUAUGGCCUGGUGAUGCCAAAGCAAGGACACUGGUCAUCCUUUCAGAAUGGUUCUGCAGCUGACCUGGAUUGGGUGAUGAAUGGAGGGCGGGCAAGCAGUGCAGUUUAUAGCUAUGGCAGCUUAGGAUCUCUCACUGAUGACAUGCCCCUACAAAGAAGGAUCAUAAGUGCGAGUAAAGGGAAAAACAAGCUACCCUGGGAGAUAUCCAGCUCCUCAUCCACAGAUACCGACCAGCAGUGCAGCACCCCAAACGGAAAGAUCUCUGAACAGGUGGGGUCCAUUAUCACUGUCUGCUUGCUAUAUUCUCAUUUAUCCUAAGUGAUAAUUGAAUCACCUGGUGACCUUUCUUGAAUUAGUUAGUGUUAUUAUUACUCCGUUUCUCUCUGUAAAAAGAAAAUUGACACAGUCUAGAAGAAUAUUCUGUCAACUGUAGCUGUAUUUACUCUGGUGUAUGACAGAGAUUUGCCCUUUUAGGUGUUAUUGAUUGACAUAAAUGAAGCAGUUACUGAGGUAAAAAGCAAUGUCCCCUCCCUAAUUUUACCUAAAUAUCCUCUUUAAAAUCAAAAGCAUUGAGAGUUUAAUCAGCCAUUUGUUGACUCCCUGUUCUGAGCUUUUAGAGGCUCAAGAGUGCUUUUCAUAUUGACUUUGAAGUUACAGAGCAUCUCAAUGGCCAUGCUGAUUUGCUCCCAAUCAGUGAGUAAGUGUCAUCCAUGCACGGAGCACAAAAGGAGUGGCUAUUUUUGUGUGCAUGCUUUUUCUGUCUCCCAGUAGUCUUCUUAUAAAGCUUUGACUUGAUGAAAAUUCAUCCAUCUUCAGAAAUCUACAAUGUAGACCAUCUGUUAACAGACAGAAUUUUGAAGCUGACAUGCUGAUCAGACCAAAAACACUGAAAAGGCUUGGGGGCGGUAUUUCUCUUUCCUUUCUAUUAAGAGUGCUGUCUCAUGAAGAAAUGUGGAUUGAGCAAAAUAGAGAUAGAAAUUACACUUCAGCACUCUGCGAUAACCAUCUUUUCAAUCAAACUCUGCUCAUGUGUCAUCAGUGCAUCCUUAGACACAUUCAUACAUAGGAACAUACGUCUCAGAAUCUUGCAAUGAAAUUAGUCUACCUGCAUUGUCAAAAAAUUGCUUCUUAGUUCAUUAUAAAGUAAAGAAUAUGCAGAUUGUUUUAAAUCUUCCUGAUAGACAUACAACACAUGACUCAUUUCUGUAAUCUUUAAAAGAAUCAACAUCAACCCGUCAAAUCAUGACAUCACAGGAUGAAUUGUUAGGUAAAAUUAUUUUUGUUAUUAGCUCACAAACUUGAUAAUUUCUUAUAAAUUUGUAAUUGUCUGGCUUUGUUUCGUGAGGUAUUAAAUGACCAGUUUUGUUCCCAAAAAUACAAUUCAGCCAUUGCCUCCAUUUGAAUCACCGUCUGUUUACAGCACUGUUUCCCAGCAACCCCAUUAGCGCACAGUGCACUAACUAAAGGGGAUGUGAAAUGUAAUUGGUAGUAUCACAGGGUUAGCCUGUAAAACAUGGUUUGUUUAGAGCUGUGAUGUUGAUUGCUUUCACACUAAGUGCUCCUCAAUGAUUGUUGUUCAGAUUGGAGGCAGUGGGACCAACCUUGGUCCCUCUCUCUCUAUCGAAGGCUGAGUUUGAUGCACUGAUGCAAAAUUCUGUGUCAUAUUUGUCUCUUUGUUUAUUGUUUAUCAAAAUUUCACAGGUUGCAGCUCGAGCGUUAAACUUUAAUGAGAACAUUAGACGUUGUGAACAUUCUGUGAAGUCUGUUUACAGUAGCAAAAGGUCCACUGAAUGCCAGUGAACCUUGUCUGGGCUGGCCAAGUAUCUGCUUCAUCCCUUUGUUCAGUUUGGCGGAUGGAAUUACACAUACACUUAUGUUGUUUACACAAGCUUUUUGAACUUCAUACUUGAUUGUUUCUGUUUAAGGAAAUGAUCCUCUGCCCACUUACAGGUUGGCACUGAGGAUUUCCCCACUCUGUCCAGGAAGCACAGUCCAGAGACCUACGUACCCAGUUUCAGUAAGUUUGUUUUCUCCCCUCAGUCAGCCUCAGACAUGCUUUCAUUCUAUAUGAGGUGUUAAAUACAGUUGUGGUUGCAUUAGUCCACUUCAGAUGGACUCAAAUUAGAGCAGAUUCAAAUUGGAUUACCUGGCUGAGCGAGAGGAGUCACUGUGCCACAUGUCAGUAAAAGUCCUCGAAGUAGAAGCUUCAAAAAUGUCAUAAAAGUCUCACAGCUACUCAAAAGAGAGAGUUACAUUGCAUCACACACAAAAGCUAUGUUUUCUAGACUCUAGCCUGCUUUAAUGUUGUGAACAUUGUUAUUGAGGCAUGUUUAAAAAGAGUUGCUAAACUUCAUAUUCUUAUUGUAAAUUACUUGUGUGCUCUCCACAAAACUUUCCCCUUCUUACUCUCAGUGGACAUUUGUAGUCCAUGUCACAGUGAGACAUCUUUAUUGGAAAAGCUUUAUUCACCCUUAAAUGUUACUCAAGCUUACAUGAGCAAGAAAAUGUUGUACAAUGAGAGCUCCACUAUACUGACUAUAGACGAUUGCUUCCGUUGCAAGAAGGCUCUGCAGCUGACUGUCACAGAAAUUCAAACCAGGUGUUUGUUUUGCGGUAAAUGAGGCAGCAGAUUCUGGGUUUAUAGCUGCUGCUCAAGUUGAAAAAAUGACCUGCCAACAGCUCCACCCUAGUUGUAGCAGCUUCUCUUUGAACAUUCUUUUUUAAUCUUUCUUUUCCAACAUGUUGGAAAAGAAAGAUUGUGUUCAUCAGCUCAGUGACUUUUCCAAUAGAUUUCACCCCAUGGUCCCACAGGCUGUUUGAAUUCCACGUCUUAACACGGGAUUAGACUCUCUUUAAUUGCUGCUAUUGCAAUCGUGGCACAUGCUCCUGAUCCUGUAAGGACUUCAAAUAAAGGACUUGUGCAAACUGCUCUUUUACAUACUCAGUAGAAUUCACAAAAUUGUAUUCAGUUGUGUUAUGUUAUUCUUUAGUGUCUAGUUUUUGUUGCUGCAGCCUUAAUACUUGGUAGCCUUUGGGUUCACAGUCACUGUUUAACAAAGCAGAUUAUCAAUAAAGUCCUUUUUUUUUUAAAUCAUGUGGGGAGGCUGCGACUCAGUGGUACCAGCAGUAGUAUCCCGACUGGAGGGUCUGUGGUUUCAGUCCCAGGUUCCACCCUGUCCAUGGGCAAAAUGCUUGAGCCCAACAUGCCCCAGCUGGCUGUGCCCAGUGGUGUGUGAAUGGGAUUAGUCAAAAAAACCUGAUGGCCUCUAUACAUAGCAGCCUCUGCUAUCAGCUGUGUGGAUGUGCUGUGAAUGGAUAAAUGGGACAUGUGAUGUUAAAGCGCUUUAAGUGGUUAGAAGACUAGAGAAAAAGCUAUAUAAACACAGUCCAUUUACCAUUCAUUAUAUAUCUGGUCAAGAAAUUACUCAUAAGGAAAAGUGACAAAAUAAAGAGAGAGGGGAAAAACUAAUUGAAGUGACAGUAAUUAUUUAAGUAAUAAUACUUAAAGAGUAACUCUCUGAAAAUGUUAUUUUUAAACCAUUCAGAAAGGUAAAAACUGUUGAGUAACAAUAUAAUCAUCACCACGGUAACAAACAUGUUAUGGUACCCUCCUGGGUUUUUCACUCAAAAAAGUUUCUGGUCAUGUAGGGUUUUCAGUGUUGUGCAACCAUGUCAGGCUUAUAAGGCUAAUACCUUCCAACCAGGUACUGCAGAACCUCAGAGGCCACAAUCCCUCCAAAGAAGAGUGUCUCCUGCUCGCCUCAGAAGAAGUGGGAGCCUCAACUUGGACCCAGACAUAUUUAAAACCACCUUCUCUGACCAGGAUGUUGGUGAGGACUCCCUACUUCAAUAUGAUCAGACACAGUGUCCACUUCUCACAUUGGUUUUUUCGUGUUUCCUUACUUGUGAACACCUUGUCUCACAACAGCCCCCAAAGGACGCACUCUCUCAAGGAACCCGAGUGUUGAGCGUAAAUUUUCCCUCCCCUCAAACUCCAGCAUAUCAGGCUCCUUCCUACUGCCCUCCUACCCGCUGGCUACACUCCCAGGAGGCAUGCUUACUCCAACACCGUCCCGCCGCCAUGCAGACUCCUCCCUCUCGAUGUCCAACACUUGGCCCAACAAGAAAGAGAGCAGCCCUCACCAGCGGGACACCAGCCCCAGGAGAGACACAGCAAGUGCAGGUAAAGGCACCACGCUAGGACAUGUGACUGAAUGUUAAAAUGCUGUGGCAGCUCUGUAUCAGCAGAUUUUUUGUCGUCGACUUUUCCCGCACCUUUUAGAUGACCAUCCCUCUAGCAGGCGCCCUUCACGGCCUCUCCGUUCCACUUCAUCGUUUCACCCGGUACUGACCAGCCCAAGGACUACCUUGUCUUUCUCGCCAGUCAUCCCUACAGCAGAGCAGGUACAGCCACAACGAAGACAGAGAUCCAUUUCUUCAGGCAGCCUUCAUAAGCUGCAAGACAGAGAUAAUGAGCUGGACCCUGACCAGAGCAGUCCAGCACAAGAUCUUCAAGAGGAUGAUCCUUUGGAUAUGAAAGAGGUGAAUGAAAAGUUCUUUUUUUUAGCCUGAAAAGACUUUAUUAAGAUCUAUUUUGGGCCCCCAGUAGCUCCCUAGUAGGGUCCUUAAGAUAUAAUACUGAAUACACAAAGGCACAACCAGCUACUCCAAAGACAUAUUUGCCUUUCUGUGUUGCAGAUGCUGAACUCUUUGCGCUCACUGCGCAACAGUGCAGCCAAAAAGAGGGCCAAAGUGAGCCUUAGUAGUUCAGAUCAAGACCCAGACAGCCCUGACUCAGCUACAAGGCUAGACCUGGGUCUUGAGUCCCCUUCUCACAUUUCUCCAAUGCUUUCUGAGAAAGACAGCAGAGUGAGUGAUGAAAGACUUCAACUCCAACUUGACUCCAACUUUAAUGGCAUCAAAACCAGGUAAGGAAGCCUCAUUGUACUGAAUCCUUGAUUUCACACACACAUAGUGAUGAAAUUGUACGGUGUAUGUCUCUCCUGUAGCCUGUAUCAUCAAAUGAGAUGUUGAUGCAUCUUCAUUAAUCAGUAAGGACAUUAGGCAUGUGUUGCUCUAUGGGAGUGUUAAAAUAGUCUCAGCUUUACUUUAAAACAUGUUUUCAAAAUGAAGACCAUUGAGUUGAUUCUUUGGGUUUUAUUUGUGGUGAGCUAGUUCUUGUUCUUGUUCAUGUGUUUCUGUUAAAUGAUUUAAUGUUGUCACAGACCUGUUGACAUGUUAAAACCUGGUAACAAGGCACCCAUGUAUGUUUGACACAGUGUUGAACAGUGCUAAGCCGUUCCAGCAUAACUUCUCGCUUGUCAAAUCUGUCGACAGCCCCAGAAACUCCACCUCUCCAGGAAUGAAACCUCGCAUCGCACGAGUGCCUUCUGCAAAACUGAGGUCUUCAGUUUCCGCUGACUUCCUCAGCCUCCAAGGUGAGGAAAAGCUUGAUGUUUUUUUUUGCCUAACCCUUUUCUAUUGAUAAGUCUGGUUCUUAAUGUUGCUGUUUUUUUCUCCCUAAGGAUUGCCAGAAAGAAAUGAUUUGUUGUCUGAGGUGGGUGUAGUUGGACAGAGAGUCACUUACUCCAAUGGAGUGAUCAAAUCUGAAGAAGAGAUAACAGGACUAUCUCCACCAUUAAUCAAAGCUUCUGUCCAUGGAUCAGUCAGAGCUCCAAAGCCUGCCAAAGGUCAGGCAGCGUCAAUAACAAACAGAUCAGAGUUAUAUUUUUGUCAUUGUCGUUUUCCAGCAAAGCACCUUUGUCUUUAUGAUUAAAUCAUUAGUAAUUUCUUUCUUACUCUUAGGAUCUCAGAGCCACAGCAGCAGAAACUCACCUGCCACAGAUAUGCCUGAAGGAGUCAUUGGAAGAGGUCAGUCUGCGUGGACCUACUUUUCUAUAUAAGAAACAUGACUGAUUGUGAAAUUCAUUCCUCUGCCAAACCGUUUUAGCCGGAUGCUUUUCACAGCAGAUUGCAGGGAUUCCCUCAGAAGCACAGCCAAAGUUUCAGUGGGAUUUCUUUUCUCAUAAUCCUCUUGCCAAAUAAAAGACAUUUUCAAAAACAGGCUGAUUGUCCGCUGUGAAAAAUUCUGAGCUUGAGCAGGUUUUCUUGUUCAACUCUCAGUUAAUACAUUGAAGUGCUCUUCAAACAAAUUCCUCGUUUCCUAGGUAUGUUUGGCACUGCAGUAUCCUCUACCCGUCCAGGAGCUGCCUUGACACUUGAGCAGGGGGCCAAAUCCCCCACUGAUCCUUCAGCAGGCAUCUACAGUCAUGUUUACUUAGACAGUGAUGACAGCCCCCGUCCAGAUGAGGUUAAGGUAAGUUGAACUGAAUCCAGUAAUAAAUCAUAGAGAAUUAUAACCCAGAGUUUCCACUUAAGUCCUACCUGGAGCUUUCCCUACCUGUGAAUGUCCAGCAGAGGGUGAGAUAUACAAGGUUUGGCCGGGAAAGGAUGCAGCAUCAGGGUCUGGAACAGCAAGAGGGACAGCUCAGUCAAGAGGACCAGACACGGGAAAAGAUUCGCAGUCGGGUCAAACAGAUGCUCUCUGACUCACCCAUGGAGGAGAACCGAGCAUCGAUCAUCAAAGGCAAGAGAGAGACAAAAACUCAAGAAACGCUUACCACUGUUCAUCUAGCUCAAAUGUAUAUGUCCUCUCACUAUGGAGUAUAAGUUAGAGUUUCACAUGGUUUAUAUAUAUUUUGUUCUGCCUUCUAUAAAUGAUGAAAGACUUGUCCUUUAAACAGCACACUAAGUUGAACAUAAGAUCUCCUGUGCUUCAUUUUAUCUUCAUGCCAUUCAUAGAAAUGAAUCAAUAAUUAAUGCAAUGUUGACUUUCUUCAAUACAGAUCGGCAUCUCAAUGGCAGCACAUUACCCACCACCAAAGGAGACCCUCUCUCUGAUGAGUCUCUUAUCAGCCCCACCAGUCCUACUAGCCCGCCAGGACCUCAGAGUCCCCUCAAGUGCUUCACUCCACCUCACCAGCCUAGCCCCCCCACGGUACCCCCCAACCCUAAAAACAUGUCACGUGUUAGGAGGGCUCCCAGCCUCAGCAGGACAAGACCAUCGCUGUCCCACAGCUCAGGUUUGUGGAUUUAGAUGUCUACCCUAACAGACCCAAUCACGGCCUCACCAGAAAUACACCUGCACAUUUAGACAACAGAAGCGGUGUGCUGCUCCAUUUAUUCAGACAAGUCCAGGAUCUUUAAACACAAAAUUCAAAGGGUUAUUAAAAGGGAUGUUGUUGCAUGGUAGGUUGUUAGAAUUGAUAUUCAGACUCUACUUUAACAGAAUCCCAACAGGAUCAGAGCAACCAGUGGUCUGGUUCCAGAGUGACCCUGUGAAAUGGUGACUUGCAUCCACGUAUCAGUGGUUGCUGCAGAUACACAUGAGGAGUCUUUGCUGUUGCCCCCUACAUCACUUCUUUAUGAUAAUGUCAAAAUAUGCUCAUUGGUAUGUCUUUAAAAGAUCAUUAAAAGUCACCAGUUAGCAGUGUCAGUUCAUAUUGAAACACUGACAGCAUCUAUGGCUGCACUCUGUUUAACAUGUCUACCAGGUUUAACUAGUACAUAUGAAUAAACUAACUGUUAACAUUUCAAUCCUGAUUUUCACUGAGUGUAAUUAAUGAAAUUUAGUUGGUUUGAACCAUGAGACGACAUGAUCACAGAGAUAAGACGAAAAGGACAUAAUAUAGAGAAAUAAGCCAAUAAGUGAAAUAAAACAGAGGCUGAACUUAUGAUCCCAUCACAACUAUAUCACCAACAAAUAACUAUGGUGAGAUGAGCCCUCAUUGCUUACAAACAGUGAAGGGAUCUAUAGUCUCCUGUUCAAACAUCAAAAAUGUCGCUGUGUAUCUGUAUUAUGUUGCCAUGGAUCACCUGUGUUGGUCUGACACUGGCUUACAAUUGAGCUGUAUUCCACUGCAUUAUAAAUAGAUGGCACAUUGCUUUCACAGGUGUUUGUUUAUAGAAAAUGCUGCAUAUUAAUUAGACUGUCAGAGCAAUAGAGCACAGUUGAUGUUUGCUUGGGGAUAUGUGCCACAAUCCUCUGUUUUGACAACCCACUGCUAAUGCGCUGCCACCCACUCAGGCUGCUUGUUUUUACACUGAUAGAGAUGUAACAUGAGACCGAACCUGAAUCUGUGUGUCUGUUUUGUUGUGUAAUGUCUUUUCAGAUGAGUUAUCUCCCUGUGCUGCGGGCCAAAGAAAAAAUCUCUCUGAUCCUCAAGAGCUGUGUCCUUUCUCCAAGCCAGACCUGGCGCUGACACAGAGCUUCAACCUGCUGAACUCUGAGGACUGGUGAGAAACACCUGCAUGUUGAUAUCUGUCUCUGUUGCAUACGUCAUACAGAAGGGGAACCAUAUUGUUAAAUCUGUGCAGAGAGAUCUACUAAAUCUACUCACAUCGAUUCUUUUCUCUAGGGAGAAGAAGAUAGAGGGUCUGACAUUCCUGCGUAGUCUGGCUCACUACCACUCAGCCACACUUCUGGGCAGGCUUCAUGAAAUCUGCCUGUGUCUUACUCAAGAGGUAGUGUGUUUUAUAACACUCCCCUUUGGAUGUUGAAAUGAUGCAGUUUUUAAUAAGGUAGUUAUAAUAUCUGUGUCAUUCAGGUGAAGAACCUGCGAUCAGGUGUGUCCAGAGUGGCGAUAUGUACUCUGGGUGACCUGUACACUCACCUACAGAAGGCUAUGGACCAGGAGCUGGAGGGGACGGUCAAAGUUUUACUGCAGAAAGCUGGGGAGACUAACGCCUUCAUUAGGCAGGAUGUUGACGCCGCUCUGGACUGCAUGACCCAGCACUGCACACCCGCCCGUAGUAUUAACGCAUUACUGUCGGGGGGACUCAGGUCAGUAUAUGCAGCAGGUCUACACACGCACAAGCACACACACAUGCAGUGAAGUGUUGUUUGGGUAUUUUUGCUCACAUGGAACCGAAAACUUUUGAACAGAGUCAAAAUGACAUUUGUGUACUGUAUUGUUUCCCCCCAUAUGUGUAGCCACCUUAAUGCAGUGGUGAGAAAAUGCACAGCUCAGCAUCUGGCUAAUCUGGUGGAUAAGGUUGGUGCUGUUCGUCUUUUGUCUGGAGCUAAAGAUCUCACUGACAGAGUCUUACCUGCAGUCACCAAACUUGCUCAAGACUCCUCACAGGAAGCAAGGUAAGGGAGUAUUUGAAAUUGAUUCCUUCCCCGACACUUCCAUUGGGCUUAAACCUCGCAGGUUGAAUGAGAACGUUUUCCUGAGAUUCUUAUUGGUUUGAAUUUUAGGUUCCUUGUGUAUAAAUUGUUGAGCAUUGGUGACAUAUACAGAGAGUUUUUUCCUUAACUUGUAGCCAUGAAGACCGCAGCCUCUGUACAUGGGGUUUUGUGGCUUGACAAGGCCAAACCUGUGUUUAGAAUUUUUUGGCUUAUCGUCAGUAAACUACCUCACUUUCACUUUAUUUCAAACCCAUAGGCCUAUACCAGCAAAAGAAAACGCAUUGCACAUAAACUUGUGUGACAAAUUUAUUGUUGCUGGUAUUGUUGCAGUGACCAAAUCAGAAACUACAAAUCGCAGAAGACAAAGGUUCCCUGCAGUGAUUUGGUUCUCACAUUUUUUACUGUUUCAAUCCACAGGUACUUUGGGCGCCGAAUGCUGCUGUCUCUGUCAUCUCACCCUGACUUUGACGAGAUCCUGGAGAGAUAUAUCCCAAACAAAGACCUGCAAGCUGUCAGAGACACUGUCUUUACUCUUAAAACAAAGGUGCAGCUUUUGUCUUUGAUAUUUUGAUGUUCUUACUAAAGUUUGAACUGCAAUCUAACCUGGAGAUCAUGGGCGUUUGUUUUUUAGGGUCUUGGUGAGAUGCUCCAAGACACCCAGUCAGCCAGGAGGAGACGUUCUCUCCAAGGCCAUGGUACAGUCAGAGCUUCAUCUCUUACUAGAGAGCCACUUACUAACAGGUAGGGGUGAAAUCCAACCAGUUCAGCGCUAUUUACCAAAGCCAGACUACAUGAUCUUUCAGUCUGUCACCACAGUGUCAGAUUUAGUGGUCUCAGAGCCGUAAAACCAUGAUGCAGAAAUGACAGACUACAUAAUAGUACACAACCCAAUGUUAUGAUCACCUUGAUUCAGUUGGAAUGAAGACUGACUGAGUUAGACAGCACCUUAAAAAGCUAACGGCAGUAUCUCACCACGUUGUUAAAGUGCAUGUUCCUUUUACCCCCCAACAUUUCUUCUUUACGUCUUUACUUCCUACAACUGUCAGAUCGGGCUGUAAACAUGCUUAAAUCGUGUAGUCUUAUCCACGUAUUAAACAAACUAUAUACUAAUACACGUAUAUUGCAAAUAAAAAUGAGAUGCACAUUUUUCAUACCAUUAUUAAGUUUACUAUUUCAUGUUUGUUGUAUUUUCUACAGUGAGUCAAACAGCCAUUACAGCUGCAGAUCACAGACCCAGACUAUCGCAGACAAGAGUGAAUACAUCAAGCAGAUCUCGGGUCUGCUGGGUUCAAAGGACUUCAGAGAGAGGAUCAGGGGAAUUGACCAGCUAAUAUCUGACUGCCAGAACAACCCCAACCUGGUCAUCAAUUGUAUUUUUCCGGUGAGUAUAACCUUUUAUAACCCAAGCCUGUCAAUGGUUAGUUUUCUCUUAAUGCACCUUGUCACAGUUGUCAGUUGUCCUCCAACCAUAUCCAGUGAUGUUUGAUCACCUUUUUUCUACCCUCAGGUGUUUGAUGCUUUCAAGGCCAGGCUGCAGGAGUCCAACAGUAAGGUCAACCUGCAUGCACUCGAGUCUCUACAGGAAAUCGUCCAUUUGUUAAAGGAUAACUUGUCCCAAGUGGUCAACAUCCUGGUACCUGCGAUUGUAGACAAUCACCUCAACUCUAAGAACAACACCAUCCACUCUGCUGCUAUUGGAGCACUUAACGCACUUAUGUCAAAUCUAGGUAGUCCUUCAGUACAGCUUCUCUUGAUAAAUUGAAACCAGUGGAAUAAUUCACUAUUUAACUUGUGAUCCUGUUUGUUUCCAUGAUAGAUAAUCUACUCCUUCUUCAGCCAUUCUGCACCAAGGCCCAGUUUUUAAAUGGCAAAGCAAAAGUGGAUCUCAUUGAGAAGGUUGCCGGUAUGUUCCUCAUACAGAUUCAUACAGAUCAGUUAUAAAUACCAAGUCACUGCUUUGAAUUUCAAUUUCCCUCCAGGGAUCAAUAAAGUUCUUCUUCUUUUGAUCGGCUUAUUUCUCUGACUGCCUCCCGUUUCUCCACCCUUUUUAUGUUCAGACCUCGUGACAGAGCUCUAUCCUCGCAAGCCCCAGAUGGUGGAGCAGAAAGUGCUGCCCUUGUUGUGGCACCUCCUGGGCACCUCUACCCACAGCGGCACCAUUCGUGGCCGGGGCGGCACCGUGAGGGGUGCUACUGCCAACCUGUGCCAAGCCCUUUACACUCAGAUGGGAUCCACCCUGACAGAGUGCGCUGCCUCCCAGCCUGCCAGUGUCCAUAGAGGUUUAAAUGAGGUUCUUAGGAGCCUAUCUUAAAAAUAAAAGAGGAUCCAAACACAUCCAGCUGUUGGAGAAAUAUUUACACUGACCUUACUUGAAGACAGAGAUGUUGUACAUUUCUAAUAGUGCCUGCACUUUUAUACAAAUACAGAGAAAGUCCUUAAAAAGUAGGAGCUCUUAUUCUUAUCUCAGUGAGAUUUCCUCUGGUACAGACGUAUGGACGAUUUCAACAUACUGACAUCAGGUCUUACACACACUCAACCUGCUCUCUUUGCACUUUGAAAAGGUAGCUCAUUAUCAUGAUUGGCCUUUAACAUUUCAGCAUCUUGUGAUUGUCAUUGCUUUUUUCAGAAUCUAAACAUGUACUGUAGACAAAUCAGAGACACUUUUGCAGAAUGUAUAAUGGAAAUGCACAAAAAGACAGGGACCUGAAAGGUGUAUAUUUUUGCUGUUUCAUCAAAUGUGAUGUGAUAUUUUCAAAUUGUCUCAUGUAAUUGAAAAUUGUGAUUUGAAACUAACAAGAAAAGUAUGGAAUACUUUUGUACAGCUCAAAUGUGUAUUUGCACAGUAUUAGCUUGAUCUUUAUGCUGUUUGAUGGUACAGUUUAUAAUUUAUCUAUUGUGUAGCGGUUUUGAAGUCCUGUUAAUGAUGUGCUGAGUUGGUAUAGUCUUUUUUUGCAUGACCAAAAUUUACUGGCAGGAUCAAAACUAUGUAUAUUUUUGCUAUGGAAGUAUAAAUAUAUGUACACUGAUGCCUGGAUCAAGAUUGGUUCUGGUCCGUUUUCCUGGAUUAGGACGGUGUUUGAGGGAUGUAUUCGGCUUUACUCCAGCAGUUGCCUGAUAAACAGGGAAGGCCCUGGUCUGAUUGUGUCUCAGUAUAGUGCCAGUCUUCAAGUAGCCUUUAAUCUCAUCUAUUAAAUUAUAUAUAUAUAUAUAAACUUGUUUGUGAACAAGGCAAAGACAGAGUGAUAUAUUAAUAAAGUGUUUUAUUUCUGUAAGAUUAACUCCAAGGUGUCUCAUUCUGAUUUGAUCAGAUAUGAAAACUGUACCACAAGAUAAAGUCUAGUCUGCAUCAGCUUUGACAGCCUCAAAUUUAACGAUUUAGUGAAUGCAAGCCAUGAAGUACACAAAGUGAGCAUGUUGAAUUUUGAAAUGGUUUAUUAAUGGGCACAGUCACUGGAAACACAAGAUCUUGUAUCUCUGAUGCUUUGGCUGAAUUGAAGCUUGUAGAGGACAGUUUUUUAUUGAAGCACAGCUCUCAAGUCAAACAACAAAAGACAGCUGACAGAGUAAGAGCUGCAAAAAGGAGCUGAUUUAAAGUUUACCUUAACUUAUUUGCAAAUAAUACGUUUCUCUGCACAGUGAAUAUCCUUUGUUUGAGACUGCUGGAUGGCAAUUCUAGUCAUUUCUGUUUCAUAGACCAAAGUAGAUCAAUUAAUGAGGAAAACAACCAGCAGGUGAAUUAAUUGUGACAGUUUGAACCAGUCAUAGCCCUACUGAGAAGGAUUUGUGAGCUACCAGAGCAGGAGAUGUUUAAAGUAUCUGCAGAGGUGCUCCAACUAAAGGCUUUAGAAAAGAGGUAGGCUUAGCAAGCAGUAUUACAACUCCCACUAUUAGAGUAUGAAAUGCACCAAUGAUUUGAAAUGCUUCCUUUUUUUCAUAUUGAUCACUUGGAUCACUUAAUUUGAUUGUCAGGGAUUGUGUUAUUGUGUUUUACAGUCAAGAGGCAUCACUGACUCAUUUGGAAAAGAAUAACCUCUAAAUUUUGAAUUAAGAAAGUAGCUGCCAUCUUGAAAUGUCCCUCUGUAGAAAUUGAUGCCAGCUGCAUUACUCCGUGAAUGUGCUGUCCAACACAGUGAGAUAGGACACAGUGAAUGCUUUCUUGUGUUGAACUGAACAGACUCCCUGUGUUUGUCAUGUUGUAACAGGAAGUAAUUUUACAGCAUUUCAGCAGCGGGGUGGACUUGCUUGUGCUUGAGGGGUGCUGCUAACGAGCCUUCUUUACAAAAUAAAAGCCUUAAAGCAAUCCUAACAAAAAGGCUUCCAGCUACUUUAAACCACCAGUGUCAACAAAUACAGUAGCUUUACAACACAUUGGCAAUAUAUUUAUAAAAUAUUUGACUCAUGAGUUAUUGAAACAUACAUUAGAUCUAGUCAAAUAGUCCCUUUAAAAUGCACUGUUUUUAUAAAGGUUCACCCACUUUGAACUAAUCCAGUCUGUUUCCCAGUAUUAAACUUUCAAUGGGAAGAGAGUUGUGUAUAAAACAAGGGAGUGUAUUCAGAGUCAUAGCAAAAGUGAAAACUCCCAGUAAAAUUCAAGGUUAACCACAGUGGUGUUCAAAUAUGUUUGCUACUCAAGUCUGUCUAUAAUUUCUUAUCUUUCCCAAAAGAGAAACAAUCUUUGUGAAAUUACACUUAAGACCAAGCGUAUAAAAUGAAACAAUUUAAAUCUUUAAACUGCCGAGAAACGCGUUUUUUUGUGAUCAACACAAACAGGACCAAAAACUCACACAUGGGUUCAAUUAUUUGUUAUUGAAUGAUGUAACCAUAAAUCAGCGCCAAGGACUGUCUGAAAAUUCAAACACACUUCCCCUCGAACAGCACCUUUUAAUAAACCCUUUGACCAUUGUGCCAUGAAUGUGAGGUUUUUCAUUUUGGUUGAGUGUUCAUUAAAUGUUCUGCUGCUUUUGACUCACUGCAUUGUUCCCUCAGCUUCACUGACCAAAUGGAAAAAAUAGGCCCUCCUCCCGUGGAAUUUUCCGCUCUGUUACUAAGGCAGCUGUAUUAAUGCCACGGAAACCUGGACUGAAAAGAUGUUGCGAGAAGAUCAUGGUCAUCCGUCGUCCUCUGCGCCUCACUUUGUCAGGGUCCGGCUGUCUUGGGCAGGUCCUGGUUCUCAGCCAAAUGGAGCUUUUGUCUGGAAACAGACACAUUAAGGAUUCACGCAGAGAGACUCCUGAAUGAAAACAGAUCAUUUAAAUCUGGCGUCUGCACCUGGAGUGCUUUGUGAUACCCAUAAAUAAACAGUUAUUUGAUUUGGAAAGGAUACAUCGAGGUGCUGAGCUCUUCCAGCUGCAAGAUAAAAAAGGAUGAGAGCACAGCAGAGCCAUUUAAAAACAGAGAGAGAUAUGGCAGUAGAAGGGACUAAUCAUAUUACAUAACAGCCUGUGUGUCAGAUCAAUAUUUGAAUCACAUCCCUACCACUAGACUACACUGUUUACAAAGGCAAACUUCCUUUCAUUUUCAUGCAAAACAAAAGCACUUCACAGCCCAUCUGCUCCAAGGAAUGAUUGCACACCUCUGCUGCAGUAAGAGAGUAUUUCUGGCAGCAGAAUCUGUGACAAGCUUGAGGCUUUUUCUCACCUCGCUAACAAAUAACACUUCAGCUCCCCCAUGGCCCACAUACCAGCCCCAGUAACCAACCAGCAGCCACACAACAUGGGAGGCAGCAACAUAUGGUUGUUGGACUGAAAUCUACCUAAAAUUUAAACUAACUUGAAAGUCAGCAGGACAUAUAACAAAAUUUAAAAGGAUAGAUCAGUUGUUUUGGAGUGGGGAUGUAUGAGAUACUUGUCAAUAGUGUAUAACCCAAAAAGGAUCCCAUCAGUAUGGCUCUUUUUAGGCACAACCAACCAGAGAACUGGAAUCAGAGCUAGGCUGUAGAUCCCUGUAGAUGGGCUCAAGUCAAUCAUUAAAGGGAUAUUCUGGCAUGAAAUUAAGGCUAUGUUCACACCGCAGGUCAAUUCCAAUUUUUAACCAUAUGUGACACAUAUCUGAUUUUUUUAUGCAAGUGUGAACAGUGCAAUUCAGAUUUUUUCAAAUCUGACCCAGGCCUCUUUUGUAUGUAGAUAUAAAUUGGAUAUGUAUCCAAUGUGACUGCAGUGUGGAAGCUCAGGCAUGUUCAUCCGACUUUUUCGUCAUCAAUAUGCGACAAACGUCACCAUUGUUCGACAACACAAACAGAGAAAGCAAUCUGUGCUUUGUGCGCAUGCAGGUCACUUCACAGACGCAUUUUGUUCACAUUAGAUGCCGCAUUCGUUGUUGUAAUGUGAACGAUCGCACAAAAAGAUCAGAUUUAACAAAAAAUCCAAAUUGUGCAUCAUAACCUGCAGUAUGAACGCAGCGUUAGUUAGCGUAAGUUAGGGUCAAACACAAAGUAACACAUGGUUAGACACCCCCUCGAGAGAUGAAUGUUGCCGACCCCUUGCUUCUCUAGUUAAACCAACUUUAGAAAUGACUGCACAAUAGCAAUACACAGCGGUCUCAGGAGACACACAUGGGAGACACACAUCAACCUCAAAAUGCCACUCUAUAGCCACAAAUAAUGCUCAGAACAGCACCUAACUUCAUCAACAGUACAUAUAGAGUCCCAGCCAUAGCACUAGCCACCAA